AUGAUCGCUCAAACUGUCUUCGCUGCUGCCCUCGUCGCCUCAGUCUCCGCUGGCUGGGAAUCAAAGUCUGAGACUGGCUCAUGUAACACCGGCAAGAUCUCAUGUUGCAACCUCGACAAGAAGGCUGAAGAGAGCACCGGUAAGAACGAUGCCCUCAUCUCAACUGGCGACAUCCUUUCACAAGUUGGUGUCCAAUGUGACCAAGUUCCAUUGCUCAUCGGUGUUGCUAUCGAAGAUGAGUGCAAGAACACUCCAGUCUGUUGUGAAGAUUUGAAGGAUGAUGGUCUCGUCGGUAUCGACUGCACCCCAUUGUCAAUCAUCUAA